UCAGCGGUUGCCAUGGACCCUAAUUAAUCAAGGGAACGCUCGACGAGAUGUUAAAGAAAGAAUUAAUCAGGAGAAUUUGUUCCCUAUCUCUGAAGUAUGGCCAUUUAGCUGAGGAAGGGAGGCGGAGGUCGGAGCAAACAUCAUCAUCUAUCUUUUUUUCCCUCAUUGGCGGGGCGCGUCCUGUUGGUGACGUCACAAACCGCCGCUUCCACCCUUAAAUACAGCAACAUGGCUUCCAGCUAUAAAGCUGAGCCCUCCACGCUCUCGUCACUCAGGUCAUCGUCGUCACGCAGGGUUUGUUUCACGGCAAAACUCAUCUGACAACUAAUCCAUCUGCGCAUCUUCGUGCUUUUAGUUUUCAAGAAAAAAAGUUUGGUUUGUGGCACCACGCGCCUUUUGUUUCACAAAAUCACAAAAAACAAAACGAAUUGUGAAAAACUCAUUUGUUAAAUUGAAUUUCCUCAAAGAUCUCCGAAAUACAAAAAAAUUAGAAAAAAAACUCUUCGUGGAAUUCCGAGCUAAUUAAAUGGCAGGCGAGUCGGCGCUGGUUUUGUCCCUGGCUGUGGCAGUCUGUGGCGUGGUGGCUGCUGGCACCGGGUGCCUCCAGACAUCGGCCCUCCACUUCCUAGCAGACGACAGCAACUGCUCCACCUUCUACGUGUGCGUCAUGGGGCAGAGGAGCGCAGUGUCGUGCCCCAGGGCAUGUCUUCGACAACCAGACCGUCAGCUGUGUGCCAGCCUACUCCUUCAACGACAGAUGUUCUCCACAGAGGGCUCGCCAGGCUCGCUGUCCACCCGGCUCCAGGCAACCAGUCCCCACCCGACCAAGUGCGCUCAGUAUUACGACUGUGGCGCCACCUUCACCUGGUGGCAGCAGCGGGACGUCCAGCUGCGCGAGUGUCCUGCUCCCCUCGUCUUCAGCCCCGUGGUCCACACCUGUGUCUUCCCUGCCCCGGGGUGUGUGGCGACAGGGAGGAGCCGCUGGAUGCUUGUGACUAUGAAGUCAAUCAGUGCGACGGUCACGCUGACUGCGUCCCGUGCGAGGUUCGCUUCCCGUCCUGUCGAGGUCUUGGCUGACGGCGUCAACACGUGGCGCGGCCGUCGGGUAUCUCCCUUCUACGUCCUCUGUCGCCAGCAGCGGGUGGUCCGAUCGGGGAUGUGCAAGCAAGAAGGACCACCGCGACCUUUGACCCAGAGAAGAACGCGUGCGUGGACUACAAGGGAGAGGUCGUGGAAAAGAUCGUCGAUAACGAAUCCUCCGCAGCCGACCAACUCCACAUUCCAAACGUACAUCCCGCUGGGUGUUGGCUACCAGCUCCCUACAAACCUCAACAGACAGCAUCUAUAGGCAGCUGAGGGCUAGAUGCACUUGCCAUCCAGUCCAACAGGUUAUCAUGCAGCAGUAUCGUCGUCAGUAGUAACAGCUUUUCAACUGCGUCGUCAUCUUUCGUCAGAUGCUGUCCCAGGGUCGUCAUCACUGUCCUCGAUUGAAGCACAGCUGACGACACGGGGAAAGAAGACGUAUAAUAUUUAUUUAUUUAUACUUGUCUUACUUUAACUGUGAUUUGUUGUCUUUUGAAGGUAAAGAAAUAUUUUAUGAUUGUAGCGAACAACAACAACAACAACAACAACAACAACAACAACAAAGCUGGUGUAUGUAAUAGCAGCUCUAUAUAAAGUAGGAAUGUAUUUCAGGCUACAUGCCAGCCUAACCCGACAAGCCACACACCAAACAGACCCAAAUAGGGUAUCUCCAGUUAUAUUAAUUUAAAUAACAAUAAAUAAUCUGUUUUUAUUAGCGACAGAUCCGUGUUGGGUCCGUUGCUAACUCGACCAUGAGACCCAUGGCUGUUUGAGGUCAAUAAACUCCGGUGUAGCACUUGACAAAGAUUUGUGGGUUUACUUUCGAACAAGUGUAAGAACGUGGUUUAUUCACUUGAAA